UGCAGGUAGUCUCGUGUUCGUCCUCCACGUUUCUCGACGCGAUCGAACCUUUCCGCCCGAUUCAACACGAUUCCUCGGUCUUUAACGUCAACCCUCGCGAUAUCCAAACGUAUAUUCCAUAUACUCCAUAUACUUCAAAUAUCGAAUAGAAGAGUGUUGAAGCGUCAAACGUUGGUAUUGUGCUUUCUUCGUAUCGCGGGUUGUUUCGGCUAUUUUCUUCAAUGAAGCAUAAAAACGAAGUUUCAACGCGUGAAAGACUGGCGAAUCUAAAAAUCCAUUGCAUGGAAGAGGGUUGUAGCGUGGAAUGUUGAUACCGUGCGUUCAUUUUAUCGGGAGUUGCUUCGGUUACUCUUCGAUGAAGGAUAAAAACGAAGUUUCGACGUGCAAAAGACUAUUGAAUUUAAAGAAACGCCUUCGAAGAAGUUGAUGUUGUUAUAUGGAUCUUUGUAAUGGCAGAGUGGAUGUUUUGUGGAGGUUGGCGAAGGAACAAGUUACCGUUGAUCGUGGUUUCAUAGUGUUUACGUGAGCUGGCUCGGCUGCAUCUUAACGGAGGCAGUGAUUUUUCUGUGGUUUGACGAGAACGAAGCAAAGCUGGAGAUUUCUUGGACAAGUAGCUUGAUCGCUGCCAAGUGCGUCUUAGAUUGUUUAGAGCGAGGCUGAUGCGUCGCAGCUAAGAGACAGCGGGAUUGAAACGUUAACCGUGAAACUGGCUUUUUAAAAUCUCUUCUGGACUUUAUACGUCAAUUUAUGAAUCUUUUAUAAAGGUUGUAAAGCGAAAUUGACGCGGACGAAGCGUUCAAUGAAUAAUCUACCACUUCUCUAAUUUCUAUUAAAGAGAAUUUGUAUUUAAAAGAAGAUGUAGAUUGCUCUUUGUGUUUAGAGAAGAUUGACAGACAAGUAUCUAAUACGUAAAUAAUUAUUCUCAAGAAUCUGUGAAUCUGAGAUUAUUGAUCGAAUUGUAGACGUUUACCUUAAGUUCUUACCUUAAGUUCCAUUAAGGGGAAUUUACAUUCGAAGAGAACAUAAACAACUGGAUACUUAAUACAGGUUUUUCUUAUGAAUCUAUGAAUUCUCGAGUGUCGAUCGAGACGUGCCAGCAAGAAUUUUAAAGAAACCAUGUCGGAGAAGGAACGGAGCACGUGGCACGCUGAAGUGGAACGAACGAAUCGGGGGAGAGACACAACGAGUCGUUAACGCCCGGAAGAGAGGUUUCCUACCGAGUCAGGUAGAAUAUUCUAAAACGCUUCCUCGUUAUUACGAAUACAAUACUCGAUGAUUUUCUGUAUUCAAUUAGAAAAAAUGCAAAAUUAUUAAACAUCGUAUUAUCGUGAGCGGAGGAACAGUUUUAUCAAAGAGAAUCUACCUACCACGCUCCCUCGAAGAAUAUUUAUCUUGGAAGAAAAGUUCCCAAGCUAAAGGGGAAAGAAGCUAUGCGGGAUUUAUUCAGAGUGUGAAAGACCACUAAGCUUCGUAGAUCGAAGCGGUGACUUCACUUGCCAAACGAGUUUAUGUUUUUAAUCGAGUCUACGACUCGUCUGGCAACGGGUUCUCCCUCGGUACAUCCGGCAUGCAAUUGCUGGAUACGAAUCCUCCUUGGGUAUUCGCGGAGGAUCAUCUACCGGGCUCCCUUUCACGACGUGGCCACCUAUUUCCCGUCCGUAAACGCGUUUCUUUCUUGUCUUUCCUUCCGUAAAAAACACCAGCCUCGUACCGUUCAACGACUACGGAUAUUCUCGUCAAUAUUGUAUCCGAUAAUUUAAAUAUCGCUUAAUACAUUGGCCCACACGUAGUAAAAGGUUAAAUCGUUCCAAAUUUUGCAGCAAAAACAUUGAUUUAUAGAACGAUACUAAAUUGAGAGCUACUAGCGAGGAGUAGCGUUGAGAAUAACCGAGAAGUGGGAAUUUUGAUUAAGCUGUCCCGAAAUCAUUCUGAACUUAUGGAACGAUGGUAAAGUAAAAAAUAUCAGGGAAAGUAAAAUAGAAAUAUCUGAAAAAGGUGGAAAAUUAAUAAUUGAAUUACUCGAAACGUCGCAGUAAGUUAUUUUUAAUUGAAAGAGAGACGCUGAAGAAGCUAAAAUAGUAUUAAAAUUAUCUGAAGAAUAAAAAAAUAUAAUUAAGUUGUAUCAAAUUCAUUUUAAUUUAAAUAUAUCAAUUUAUAAAAUAGGAAAUAUUAAAAAGAUUAAGAUAGUACCCAUCAUAAGUGGAAAUCUUGAUCAAAUUGAGCGAAAAAUUAGAGCAGUAAGUCGAUAUUAAACUAAAGAUUACUAAAGAAGAUUACUAAAAUGAUAUCAAGAAUAUUUAAAAAGUGUGAGUUUUAAUGAAACUUGAAUUUUAUUUUCAACAUAAAACUUUUAUAUACAUCUUGUGUUGCUGCAAACUAUAAUAACAUUAGGAGAGAGGUAGAAAGUCAAUAGGAAGAAUUACAAGCUGUUAUCGGAAUCGGGAGGAAAAAAGGGAUCGACGAGGGACACAAAAGGAAGAGAAGGUCCUGCGUGGCAAGUGCAACGAGCGGAUUAAGCGGACUAACGAAUCGCGCGUGUAGACACUGCAAACAGAACUAUCUCUCCGCGAGAGGAUCAGAGAGAGGAACCCGGCAGAGUGAGAAUUUGUAUUUGCUCGUGACCAGUCGUAGAGACAUGACACUCGCCUCGAACGUCGCUCUUAUCUCGAUUUUCAAACGCAAUUUCGCGCUGGGUGUGUUUCCACCGUUACGUGAUUCCGUGUGCUUUGCGAACUUUAGAAGAAUUUCGUUGACUGUGCGUUGAGAUCCAGCAAAAAUUUUUAGCAGAGACAAUCGUACAGGUUUUGUUGGUAGAAAAGCAAUUUUAUUUACACGACAUAUACGAUAGUUGCUUAUUCUGAACGUUGUAGAAGAAAAUAAUAAUUGAAAAGCAAUUUAAAAAAUUGUAUGAUUGUGUGUAAUAAAAAUGAGAAAUGACUAAAUAAGAAAAACAAAUUACUAUUAAAUGUUUGAACAAAUAGUAAUUUAAAGAACGUAUAACAUGUUCAACUAAAGAAUGUGUGAACAUUCUAAAGAAGUGACUAAAGAAAAUGGACUUAGUAAAUUUUUAAAAAGGUGAUUUUAAAAUGAAACGACGAAGAUCACGUCUAGUUUUGCGGACUGAACAUCGCAGCAGAAAGUAUAAUUAAUCUCAAAGGAUUUCUGCAAGAAUAUCGAAGCGAAGCUGCUCCUUGAGCAUCGUUUAGUAAAAGAUGAGACGAGUGGAUUCGAAACGAUUUCGAGAGCUGACGUUUUAAGAUGAAACGGAGACACUUGUAGCCAGUUUCUGCGGUCGAGAGAUAUUGCGGAAGAAAAUGUUGAAGUGGAUAAAAGUUCGCCAGGACACGUCGGCGACGCCGACGCCGACGUCGCUCGAUCAUGAAAAGAAGGACGAGGUGGUGGCAAAGGUCGAAGUUGAAGAAGCGGCGAAAGAAGAGGAGGAAGACAGUGGCAUGGAAAGGGAGGACACUCCAUCCAACAUCGAGUUGAACGAUCUACGAAAAGACCUUUUCUCGCAGCUGCAGUUUUCGCAAGAGAGCGCGCUGCCGCCCGACACGCUGCGCCGCGCUCUGGCCGAGAGCUUUCUCGACCAGCAAAGGUUCCAGCUCGGAUUCAUGGACGACGCUGCGGAAUGUUUCGAAAACAUUCUUCUGCGUAUACAUCUUCACAUAGCCAGCGGAGAGGCGGAAGACAUGUGCAGCGCGAGACACUGCGUGCCACAUCAGAAGUUCGCCAUGACGUUGGUCGAGCAAAGCGUUUGCGGAGCUUGCGGCGCAACCUCGGAGCCUCUGCCUUUUACACAGAUGGUUCAUUACGUGUCAGCGUCGGCACUGACGUCGCAAGCUCGACAGACACCUCCGAAUUCGCGGAACAGUCCGGAUCUCUUCGGUCAGCUCUUGCGAAAAGCCGGAGGCAUGGGCGACAUCAGGGACUGUCCGAGCUCCUGUGGUGCAAAAAUCCAAAUCUGUCGGACCCUGAUGAACCGACCGGAAAUCGUUUCCGUCGGAGUCGUAUGGGAUAGCGAACGGCCGUCGUUGGAGCAUAUCAUGGACGUUUUCGCAACCGUGGGAACGUCCCUCAGAUUGAGCGAUGUUUUCCACAGUGUAGUGGACUCUCGAUGGGGUGCCUCGACCGUGCACAAUCUCGUUGGAGUCGUCACAUAUUACGGGAAACACUACUCCACCUUCUUUUUUCACACUAAACUGAAGGUAUGGAUUUACUUUGACGACGCAACCGUCAAAGAAAUUGGACCACGGUGGGAACAGGUGGUGGAAAAGUGCAGAAGAGGCAGGUAUCAGCCGUUGCUUUUGUUGUACGCAACUCCUGGAGGAACUCCGGUGAAUACGGAGAAUGCCCCGAAAACCGUGACGCCUUUUCCGAACGGAAAUGGACUGAAGACACCCCCGAAGAAUAAUGUUCGACGAUCGAUCACGCCCAGCCCGGAAAAACCAUCGAUCAACAGUACCGCCAGACGUGCCAUCACACCGAAUCCUGAUAGUCCUCCUCACCCUUACACGCAACGCAGGAUUUAUAGUGAUUAUCAGAAUCUGACGGACAUUCAGAACAACAUCUUUGGAAAUCAGGGUGUUGAUACCGUCGAUGGAGAGGCGGAAUCCAAGUAUAUCAGUCGACGUGCCGUGGAAAACGUGAUGCAACAGCAGAAGAAACAGCAAAUGCAGCUGACACGUAGUCUAAGCGCAGGAUCGACACCACAGGAUGCUAUCAGUAUUCCUGACCACUUGAACGUACCACGGAGGCGAGAUUCUGGAAACUGGUCUGGUGACCGGAACAGCGCUUCCUCGAGUUCCUCCACCACGAUGGAUAAUCCGUAUUUGUACAUCGUCAAUAAAAUGCAGAGGAACUCGGGUGUGCCAAAAAGCCCGACCAGCAAAUCUGGAGAACUCUCAAGUAGUAGCAGUGGCCAUUACGACGCUGGAUACGACUCGUAUUCUUUGUCGUCCACGGAUAGCCUUCCGCUCCAGCAAGGGCUAAAGCAUAACCUGCAGCUUGCCCAGAUUCCGGAAGGCUACCAAGCUUCCUCAGGCGACGACUGUGAGCGCCUCUGCAAAGAAACCGACGCACUCUUGGACAAAUCUCGAGCUGCUGAGGACGCGGGCGACCUCAGCACCGCGGUUGCUUUGUGCAGUGCAGCCAGCAGCAAAGCUAGAGCCGCCAUGGAUGCACCGUACAACAAUCCUCACACUAUCAGAACAGCAAGGAUGAAGCACAAUACUUGCGUGAUGAGGACCAGGAGUCUCCACAGAAGAAUGUUGCAGGAGCAGGCAACAGCGAAUGGAGAAAAAGAAGAAGGAGCACCAGAAGGUAGACAUUCACGAGAGAACAGCAAAUCUGGCCAACACUCUCGACAGAGUUCCAGGGACAAAGGAAACCAUUCUCGACAAAACAGCCGAGAACUCCUAGUAAAUCCUCCCUCUACAACUACUGACAAACCUGCCACAAAGAGCAUCGAGAUCUACGCCACGUUACCAAAAAAGAAGACCCUACGCAGCAAAGCAACAGCCGUGAAUGUGAUCGAGGAUGAGGAGUACAUGUUAUACGAUCGACCAAUGCAAAGGACAGGAUUAUUCAGUCGUACCAAACGUUGUGACGACGAUAAGAAAGACAAGAAACGAGCUCGAAGUGAAGAAAGAAACAAGAACGUCUCUAAAGACUUCUCUAUUGCUCCCUCCCGUUCUUCUCCCUCGCCGAAAGGAGCCAAAGUGGAAAAAUCUAAAGAAAAUGACACGAUUGCCAAUAAUGUACGAAAUUCUCAACCGAAUAAUGCCAAUGGUGAACAAAAACAAGGCAAAAAGCAACACAAAAUUCGAAGAAAAUUAUUGAUGGGCGGGUUGAUCAAGAGGAAGAAUAGGAGCAUGCCAGAUUUACGAGAAGGCCAGGAUGGACAAACAAACGCCAGCGUGGAGGGUACCUCCAACACUUUACCGAAGCAGUCAGUGGACGAUUCAAGCGUUGGUUUAAAGGGCAACGAGGUGUGCCAAUCUCUAAGUGGCUAUUUAUCAGAAGGACACCUAGAGUUUACUGGAAAUAGUAAUGGCAGCCCAGGCAGUACUAGUAAUCCAAAUUUGGAGAGAAGUCGUCUGAUGAGGAAGAGCUUCCACGGCAGCGCCGGCAAAGUGUUACACGUAGCGAAGGUUCCCCCGCCUCCUCCGCUCAGGACCACUUCUCAACUUAGCAAGUCUAAGUGUUCGGGCGAAGUGCACAACGAGCAGCAAUCUGAAAAAUCGGUCUAUCCAACAUCAGAAAGUCAAUGUACUUCUAAUCCACCACAAGAUCAGAAUGGAACAUAUUGGAAUCACGUAAACGCGACAAAUUCAACUGGUGGAGCUAAUAGAACAUCUAAUUACACCGAUUACUCGUCCGAGUCUCAUUCUCUUCCAUUCUUACCUUCUUAUAGUAUGGAACAAAAUGGCGCGAAUGUACCAACGUCCUGCCCGUCGAAUUAUAACAGCAAACCUAGAAUUCAGGAUGACGUGGUACAGUAUGCUAAUGGAAUCUUGUACGAACCCACGUUUGUGGUUACCAGAGCGGAUGUGCACAAUGAACAGAGUCCUGUGAAACAGCAAAAUCAAGUGGAUUCUCUGCCUCCAUAUCCUGACAGUGGAAAUGUUUCUCAUUCAAGACAACCCAGCGAAGACUUCCCCCCUCCGCCAUAUCCUUCUAUUCAUUCUGUAUCUCAUUCGAGGCAAGCUAGCGAGGACUUUCCACCACCGCCACCUCCUAUUGAUGAAAGCUCUAACCAUGUUCAUGAUCAACAACAGUAUCAGGAACAGUAUCAACAUCAGUAUCAGCAGCAACAGUAUCAGCAGUAUCAACAGCACCAACAACAGCAACAGAUUGUACAUAUGCAGCAGCGUCAACAGCAGCUGGAUAAUCAACAUAUUAGUAGCUUAUUGUCCCAGUUGCAGAUGAAAAGGGAUCAGAUUUUAGCCUGUGAAGCUCCAAGAGAGGAAAAGAAAUCCGAAGAACAGGAGGAAGAAGAGAAAUCGUCUGGAGAGACUUGGUUACGUGAAUUGCAGGCGAAACAGGCAGAGAGGAGGAUGAAGAAGCAAGGUCCUCUUGAACAAGAUAUUCCAAAGGUUAGAUCGUCUGCUCCAACAAUUUCAGGACCAACGAUCGCCAGGAGAACGAGCGAUUUGAUGAUGAAUAGUCUUGGCCAAAGUUACGAUCAAUCCAGUCGGGAUGUGCCCGAUUGUCCAAGGGUCGUUUCUUCUGUUAAAGACAUGGCUGCUAGAUUCGAGCAAAUUAAGCUGCAACCAGUGCCUAAAACAGAACCAGACCAGAAAAUUCUAAUGAAGCAAAACGUGAACUGCGUUUCUCCUUCUCCACUGUUAGAUGCUCCUCAGGAUGUACAAGUGGAAGAAUCGAGGCCAAUGAAGCUAUCCACAGAAAAUUUAGCGAACUUUACUAAAACUGACAAUUCCUCGAGUCAGUCGAUCAUGAAUUCGAGCUUCGAAUCUAGUUCCAGUCAGAACAGUUUUAUUUCCACUACAGCCCCGAAUAAUCCCAUGCAAACGCAACAGAGCGGAUUAAAUCAAGCAAUCAUGUCGAUGUCUCUUACGCUACCACACGAAAACGGUUUGCCUAUUGAUUAUCCAGAAGAUGAUAUCAGCGAAGUUGCUAUGCAGAAUACCAUACAGAAUACGACGAUUCUACCAAGUGAGGAUGAUAUCGCGCCGAGGAAAGUGAAACGACGUAUAGGAAAGAAGAAAAGCGUGUCGUUCUGUGACCAAGUCGUUCUCGUUGCAACUGCAGAGGACGACGAGAAAGAUUCUUAUAUACCUAAUCCGAUUCUGGAAAGGGUUCUUCGAUCAGCGAUGAACAAACCAGAAACUGCUCAAGUCCUUCGAGAGAUUAGAAGUCUUCAGGAAGCGGAGAUGAAUAGAGAGAAUUGCACUGCCACCAAAUUCCAACAGCAGACUCUGCCACUGAAAAGCGAAGCGGACAGUGUUCCUGCGACUCCGUAUCAAGAUCAGUUGAGAAGCGUAAACCCUAUACCUAUACCAGACACGAUUAAACCUACUUUUGGAAGGCAAAAUUCAAACGAGUCGGUGGGAUCAUUGUCAGACAAGAAAUUAUGUGGUUCUUAUGGUAAUGAAGGGCAGGAUGUUGUCAGGGAUACCUACUCAGGACUUCCCCAUGUAUCCAAACCACCUACAUCGUAUUCUCCCCAACUCCAACAACAGAUAAGAUACUCUCAGAAUGGAUACAUGCCAUAUUUGCAGUCUCAGUCAACGUAUCCCCAAGCACAGACGUCUCAUCCAAGAAACCAAGGCAUUCCUCUGUCUCAAACCCAGAAACCAGCCAGUCCUUACCCCACUCAAAUUCAGUAUGUACAGAACAACGUGCAGCAACAGAAAGGAAUGUCCCAAAAGAGCAGCUAUCAGACUUAUUACCAGUUAGAACAACAACAUAAUCAGAUGAACAAGCAGAUGUCUCAGCAACAGCAACCUAACAUGAAUCAGAGGAUUACGAAUCACAAUGCAAGUCCCAUAACUGUUCAGCAUUCGCAGCAGCAAUUUGUAUAUCCACCAACUCAAUCUCCGAGCCCUUAUCAGAACCAAUACAGCCACAGUUCCUAUCAAGGUUAUCCCUACCAAUCGGUUCCUCAGCAGAAUAGAAUAAACCAACCUCUUCCACAGUAUCAGCCACCACCCAAUCCUCCAACUUCCUAUCAACAACAACAGAGCAUACAGAAUUACCAACAAAGACACGAUAAUUAUCAGAGGGCACCGCAGAAGACCGAUCAACAAAAUAUUUUGGCACCAAAUCAAACGUAUCCUAAUGCAUUGCAAAAUGGCCAGAUCCAGUCGAAUAUGAAGUAUCCUACGUACCAGCAUCCCCCUGUGUCUAAACAGAGCAAACAAAUGCAUUUUGUGCCCACGUCAAAGGGUAACCCGACAGUGGCACAAUCUACGUCUCCGUUACAAAAGCCUACAGUUGGUGGCACUGCAAGAACCGCGCCAUGUCAUCUCUGCCGGAAGAAACAGGUGACUGAACCUGCUAUUUACUGUUCAGACUGCGACUUUUACAUGUCUCGUUUCCGGCCAAAAAAUUGAGGUCUCUAUCAUACACGUUGACAGACAAAAUAUUAAUGAAUUAACGAGUCGAUUUGGUAGCAUAUUCUUUAUAGGAGAUGUAUAGACGAACUACAAUUAACGCGUAGGAUAGUACUGUCUAAGCUAAACUUCUUUUUUGGUAUGUUAAUGAUAUAAUAGGGCUGAAACGCGCCCUUCCAUUUUUGUACAAAGUUAAGUUAGUCGUAGAUUUGAUGUAAUAGAAGACCUUCAUCGUGCAGCUACUAACUAGAUGUAUUCAUGUACCAUUGACCGUGUACUUAGCGACAUUUGUAAUGUAUAUUGAAUCAUAUAUGUAGAAAGAGACAUGGUCUCAUAUAUGUAUCAGUCGUGUUCUUAUGUAACAUCAUUUCGUGGUUUGUACGUUAGGCUAACGUAGCAGAUAUGUUUCUCAAAUCUUGUAUCAUUUGUACUCCUCCUGAUUCUGUUGUACAUAGAUUAUUUCUAUGUAGUCUUUAAGUUUCUUGUAAAAAAUGUCGAUGUAACUCUCUCUUAGGGUUAGCUUUACGAGGAAACGUUUCUGUUUUUCACGCAUACGCAUGUAUGAAAACGCUGCGAUUGUAUUUUCGUUCGGGAGACAGUUUGUCAGAAUUGUGAUACUAGCCAUGCUACAUAGAAUCAUAUCGUUAAACGUUUAGGAGCCGUAUCGCGACGAAACGAUACGGAUAGUCGCACAAAAUCGUGAGAAAUAGAGGAAGCGUGGAGGGAACAUGAUCUCUGAUGAAAGCGUGAAGUUUAUAUUUUAUGUUGAUAGGUGUUGAUGUUAUAUAUAAUUAUUGUGUACUUAACGGUUACGUUGUAUUGUAAUGAUUGUCUAUGUGUACUAGAUCGAUGUACAAAUCCACACACCCCCUUCCCUCGAUUUUAUACGUUUUGUAUAAGUAUUUUGUUUUAAAAAUACUUGAUUUCCUCCCGAAUGACAUUGAAUAAAGCGCCGUCGAAAUAUUUCAACACGUGUUUCAAAAUCGGAUUUAUUUGACACCUCGAUAGCCAGUAUUAAUAGAAAAAAGUGACGGUGGAACACGAAAGGAUAUUUUAAAUAUUUAUUUACGAAAAUGGGAAAAAUU